AUGGCGAACAUUUUGUUGUCUAAAUUGGGGAACACCUGCAGCUCCAAGACUUUAUUCCUGCUCUUUUCCAUCGUGUUGCUCCAGAGGCCCCGCUGUGGAGAGAGCAAACCCAUCUCCAACCCCCAUCAGAAGCAUCGGCCGGCUUCAGAGCUGGUUGCUGGACUCGGAGAGGAGGAGAAUCUAUCGCUGCUGCAGAAGGACAGCGUGGACAUGCAGGGCCUGCUGGACAGCCUGAAGGAACAGUUUCUCCACACGUUCAACUUGUCUGGUUUGGGUCCUGCUUCACUGACUCCUGGAAGCACACGAGCGGAGCCGCCGGAGUACAUGAUGGAGCUCUACAACCGCUUUGCCAGUGACCACAGCGCCAUGCCCACCGCCAGCAUCGUCCGCAGCUUCAAAAAUGAAGACUCAUCUCAGAGUGCACUCAGUGUUGGGGGAGAACGGUGCCACCCACUCCUCUUUAACGUGUCUGUCCCCCACCAUGAACGUAUCACAGCCGCUGAGCUCCGCCUCUACACCCUCAUCCAGAAUGAUCGGCACUUCUAUGCUGGUGUCGACCGUAAGGUGACCAUCUAUGAAGUGGAAUUGUACGAUGGGCAUGACACCAUGAUAAAGACAGAAAGAGGAGAUGUGUUCAUGGGCACGGUAGGACACAGGACUGAACUGGUGGAAUUAGCUUCACGGCAGGUUUUUGGAAUAAACAACAGCUGGGAGGCCUAUGAUCUCACUACUGCUGUCCAACGCUGGAGCAGGCUUGGCGGUGACACCACCCACCGGUUAGAAGUGCACAUUGCCAGCAUGUCUAACGAUAACAGUGCUCACAGUAUGAUGGAGGACAGUGGAGACAAGGCUCCACUUCAGGACAUGAAGAUCGACACUAACAAUCAAGAUAAACACAAACCUCUCCUGAUUGUUUUCUCUAAUGACCAAAGCAGUGAUCAUCGUGGUGACAAGCGCGAGCUAAACGAGAUGAUUGACCAUGAGACAUCAAACAUGAUUUACCGGGACAACUUUGGCUUGGAGCUGAAUGGGCUGUGGGGGAACAGGGAGGAUGGAGAGGAUAAAGAUGAGGAGCCAGAUGAAGAGGCACUCAUGCAGAUGCGUUCCAAUUUGAUCUACGACACUGCUUCACGCAUCCGGCGCAAUGCCAGGGGCAACCACUGCAGGAAACAGUCCUUGUUUGUAGAGUUCAAAGAUAUCGGUUGGGACAGUUGGAUCUUGGCGCCCAAUGGUUAUGAUGCCUUUGAGUGCUCUGGGAUUUGUUCUUUCCCACUGACAAAGCAUGUCACACCCACCAAGCACGCCAUUGUCCAGACCUUGGUCAACAUACACAAUCCACAGAAGGUGGCACGCGCAUGCUGUGUGCCAACCAAGUUGGAUCCAAUCUCCCUUCUUUACCUGGAUGACAUGGGCAUUGUCACCUACAAGUACAAGUAUGAAGGCAUGGUGGUGGCUGAGUGUGGCUGCAGAUAG